AUGUUUACGUUUACCUGUCAAUCAGAGGUCACUGGUCUGGAGCGGUCUGAGCCCUUGGGUGUAUUUAGUGUAUGAGUAUCUGUAUCAAGUGUUAUUUUUCAUUAGUUUAGAUAAUUAGAGUUUUCUUAAAAUGGGGGACGAAUCUGGGCUUGAGAUUUUGAGCAAACUUGAGAAGGAACAAACUAAUCUCUCCCUCUUACAAGAACGAUUAUCGAAAAGUGCCCAAAUAACAAAAGGCAUUGGCAACAUUCUGAACACCUUUGAACAAAGGCUAUCCCGACUAGAAGAAACUAUUCUGCCAGUUUAUAAUGAAACGGAGAGUCUUCAGAAAGCUCAAUACAAUAUUGACUGUACAAUGCAACUACUAGACAACGUAAUUGGCUACUAUGAAGUUUCAAGUAAUGUGGAAAAUAUAAUUGAAAAAGGACCUGGCGAAGGGGGCAUAGAGCUUGACAAAUACAUUGAUGCCCUGAACAGACUUUACAAUGCACAAAAAUACUUUGAAAAAAAUAUACCACAAAGUGUUGAAUUAAUUAAUGUGUCGUCUUUCUUCCAUAAAGGCAGUGACAAACUGAACUCAGAGUUCAAAACAAUUUUGGACAAAUAUAACGUUCCAAUUUUGCCAGUAGUUUUAUUGGAUCUCAUUAAUUUUGAAGAAUCCAAAGAAACUAAAGCUCUGCCCAAGCAAAUACCUCCAGAAGCUAAAGAGCAAUUAAUUAAAAUUUCCUCUUGGCUUUUGAGCCACAAUCGAGACGAGUUUUUAACUGUUUAUGGUAAAACUAGAGGCAAUGUCUUACAAAGAUCGCUUACCAUGUUAAGAAACCAUCAAAAAUCUGUUAGUGGUGGCAGUGUGCAUGGAACUACAAGUUCUCCAAUGUUGAAGGCAAAGUUUCCUAACAGGCAUGAGGCUAAACGCCAACAUUCCACUCGUAGGUUGCAAGCUUUUGAGCGAAAAGCUAAUAGAAUGUUUCUAAGGGCCUCUCAAACUUUAGAACAUUCUACUGGGCUCAAUUUAGGAACAAGAAGGGCGUCCCAUUUGGAUACUUCCUACAGUGGAGAAGAAGUAGAUAAUGAACAAGAAAUGGAAAACUAUCUUAUCUGCGUCAUAGCUUUGCACAAACUCAUGCAACUAGAACAACAUUUAAUGAAAGAGAUAAUAACUCAAACUCACAGACCUCGUGUUUUUGAACUUAUAGUUCGAGAAGCUAUGGAUACUUUGGUACAAGAUGGAGAGAAUAUUGUCACCAGAGCUAAAAAAUGCAUUCAAAGACACGAUUUUGGUACUGUAUUGGUUAUUUUUCCAAUAUUCAAGCAAUUGCGUGCCUUGAAACCUGAUUUUGAUCGUACUAUAGAACAAUGCGAUUUGAAUGUCAAGCAUAAGUUUGAGUCAAUUUUGCAUAUGUUACAAGCCACAGGUGCCAAAGCCUUAGACGACUUUAUUGAGAGCCUGAGAUCUGAUUCAGUAACUCAACUACCACCAGAUGGGACCGUUCAUGAGCUUACCAGUAAUGUUAUAAUGUUUUUAGAACAAUUACUGGAUUAUAGUGACACUAUCGGUAUAGUUUUGGGGCAAGAUCCAAGUUACGCCAGACAAUUGGAAAAGUUGAAGUAUUCAGAUCAAAAUAAGGCUUUUAUCGGAUUGUAUAUAAAAAGAGUCCUGGUGCAACUUAACCAUACAUUAAUCAGUAAAAGUGAGCAAUACAGUGAUGUAGCCCUAAAAGCACUCUUCAGAUUAAAUAAUAAUAAUUAUGUGCUUAAAUCCUUGCAAAGAAGCAAUUUGUUGGAAUUAUAUUUAAUUUCCGAACCAAACUGUGAAGAGUAUUAUUAUACGUCCAUACAGGAGCAUAAGAAAGCUUACUCUCAAUGUUGGAAUAAGCUUCUAAACUACAUUGAACUAGACGAUCCAUACCAACACGGAGAAAAACUGAAAGACAAAGAACGAGCCGCCCUUAAAGAAAAGUUUGCAGGUUUUAAUAAGGAAAUUGAUGAGAUUUCCAAAGUCCAAAGAGGAUACUCGAUUCCGGACAUUGAAUUACGAGAAAGCAUAAAACGGGAUAAUAAGGAACUUAUUAUACCCAAAUAUAAUGCAUUUUAUAAUAGGUAUGGUGUAUUGAAUUUCACGAAAAACCCAGAAAAAUAUAUUAAACACAAACCAGAUGAAGUUUCAGCUAUCACAGAUAGAUUUUUUGAUGUUGCUGCCUAAUUUUGUUAACCAAAAGUAAGAUAUAUUAGUCCAGGAGGUGGCGCCAAAAACAUGCAAGAGUUUUCGCAAGGCGGAUAUUUUCAAAAUAUCCUACUUUAGUGCUAGAAUGCUAGUGUACAGUCAGCACUCACAGUUCCGGGACAGCUGGCUCUGGGACGCGGGCAAAGUUGUAAUUUUAAGAAGCAUCUAAACUGUUUUCUCAAAGCUCAAAAUUUAUAGAAAUUUUGCACAUUAUCUGUUUGAAGGUCACAGAUAACGUAUGUAAAUCGUCAGACGUCUAGUUCGUUGCAAAAAGGGGGUCAGACGUCCUCAAAGUUUUUAUUUUAUGGCAUUUUCUUCAAAUAUAUUUGUCAAAUACCUGCAAAAAUAUAUUUUGAUAGGACACCGAAGAAAAUGCCAUAAAAUAAAAACUUUGAGGACGUCUGACCUCCUUUUUGCAACGAACUAGACGUCUAACGAUUUACAUACGUUAUCUGUGACCUUCAAACAGAUAAUGUGUAAAAUUUCUAUAAAUUUUGAGCUUUGAGAAAACAGUUUAGAUGCUUCUUAAAAUUACAACUUUGCCCGCGUCCCAGAGCCAGCUGUCCCGGAACUGUGAGUGCUGACUGUACACUAGCAUUCUAACACUAAAGUACGACCUAUUUUGAAAAUAUCCGCCUUGCGAAAACUCUUGCAUGUUUUUGGCGCCAGCUCCCCAACUAUAUCUAUUGUUACUAAAUAAAAUACUUUAAUUAUUAAUUUAAAACGGUUUUCUUAUUUAAUUCAUCAUCUUUUUCUCAAGCUGUAAUAAUUAUAAACUUUAGACAUCACAAAUAACAAAAAAAAAAUAAAGCUUUUUUAAUUAGGAAAAUUUCAAGUCAUGGGCGGUUCCUUACUAAAAUAAGGAGCGGAACUUUUGACUAGUAACGUAUGGCAAACAUCACAAACUUUUGAGGGUCUAGAAUUGGGCCCUGAUUUGACAAUUUUGGAUAAACAGUUUGGACAAAAAACCUGGCCGCAAUGCUUGCAGUGCUGUUUUCGUUUCGAAUUGGAAAAUGGCGUGUGGCAACUGGUGCAAUCUUGCACGUCUUCUUCAUAUUGCCAUCGGACUUGGUGAUCAGCUUCUCUAAUCUUUUCUAGUUGAAU